AUGGCCGACCAUCAGACACCGGACACUUCUAGCAGCACAGGGACUUCCUCAAGCUCGCAGAGCCAGAGUGUCCCUUCAUCGGCGAGUAUGGAUUCGGCGGGAACAGCUGCUACACUUCCAACCCAGGAUGCUGUCGAUGGAAUGUCGGAUGAAGAGGAACUAAAGAUGUCAAGCUGGGGAAGACUAUUCCCGUUGGGUAUCGGCUUUGAAAAGAUUGAUCUUGAAAAAGAUGUCAAUACAUUUGGCCGUGGCACCAACAAUGACAUCUGCUUUGAACCUAGAGCAUUUAAGAAGAAUCCGCAAUAUCAGGCAAUUAGUACAAAACAUUUUAAAUUAUACAGGGAGUUUGAUGCAGAUGGAACAUUUAAUGUGUUCCUUACUGAUCUUAGUUCAAAUGGAACUUUUAUUAAUGGGCAAAAGAUUGGUAAAAACAAUACACAACCAUUGAAUAACAAUGAUGAGAUAUCUUUAUCUUUAAAGAAACACAAAGCCUAUGUAUUUCAGAACAUUAAUCAAGCUGACCAGGAAUUCAGUUUACUACCAGAGGAUUUAAAGGAGAAGUAUGUUAUGUCCAGAUUCCUUGGAAGGGGUGCAUGUGGUGAAGUUCGCUUAGCUUUUAGCAGGGGAUCAUGCAAAAAAUUUGCUGUCAAGAUUAUCAGCAAAAAGACAUUUUCUGUUGGACCCAGGCAAGCAGCUCUAAGAGAUGAGGUGGAAAUAUUGAAGAAGCUUCAUCAUCCUUGUGUGAUCCAAAUUGGAGAUGUGUUUGAAACUGCUGAAGUCCUAUACAUCUUUUUAGAACUUGUAGAAGGUGGUGAACUGUUUGACAGAGUUGUUAGUGUCACAAGAUUUGAAGAACCUGUAGCAAAGCUUCUGUUUUACCAGAUGCUUGUAGCAGUAAAGUAUUUACAUGAUCAAGGAAUCACUCACAGAGAUUUGAAGCCAGAAAAUGUCCUUUUAAGCUCUGAGAAGAAUGAAACCCUAAUCAAGAUUACUGACUUUGGUCUGUCCAAAGUAGUUGGAGAACAGAGUCUGAUGAAGACAUUAUGCGGGACCCCUAGUUACCUGGCACCAGAAGUCCUCUUGACAGCUGGUAUGGGAGGGUACUCUAAAGCAGUUGAUCUGUGGAGCUUGGGUGUUAUAUUGUUUAUAUGUCUAGGAGGUUACCCUCCCUUUUCAGAAGAAACAAAGAAGCACACACUUCACGAGCAGAUUAUCAAAGGCAUCUACUCUUUUCCAAAAGCUUAUUGGAAAUCUGUCUCACCCGAAGCCAUUGAUCUCAUUAAAAAACUUCUAACUACGGAUCCGCAGAAAAGAAUAACUGUGGAUGGAGCGUUGCAACAUCCCUGGAUUUCCAAUGACGAAAAAGUGAUAGAGAAGGCGAAUCAGUUGAUGGCUGCAGUGAACGCUGAUAUGCCUCCACCCUCUGGACCAGUUCCGAAGAAGAGGCACCCAUCUGACGAGGAUGACGGCCCUAGUCCGAGACGAAAACGAAUUUCCACGGACAUUGUUGAGAGUGACAGUACCACGGCUCUGUCGUGACAGUGCCACAGCUCUGUCGUGACCAAACCAAGUUUAGUCACUCAAUGCUUAGGAAAAGGAUGUGACUGUUUGUUAAGAACCGUUGAUGGCGGCUGGUGGGAAAAAGUGAUACAAUGUUAAAAUGUGCUCCCAAAUAUAUAAUGGAACGGUUGUGUCAACUGUAUUGUCAUGUAAGGGGAAGGGUUAAGGAGCAUAAUUGUUCUCUCUGUUGUCUGACUCGGGGUUGAGGAAUGGAGCAGCUUUUUGUGGCAUUUUGAUCGAUAUGCGAGGGUUUAUUUUAAGUUGAAUGAUAUAGAAUAUAGAAACUACAGAAUAUGAAAUGUAAGUAGACCCAUCUGGUAGUUUACCAGGUAAGAUAUAUAAAAUGAGUCAUUCCUUACUCCAAGAUAGGUGAUCGUUUAUAAAUUUUAUGCUUGUUAAACAAGACAAUUAUUGUUCAGUGUUGGGCUUUGUUUUGCUCGGGUAUUAAAGGAAAUGUUUUAAAUUA